CGCCGUGUUACAUUUAAAAGGGCGACUUAUUUAAAUUCAAAAUUCCAAUAAUAUUUCUUUGAUCUUCGAUCUUUUUUCACACGAAAUGUUUUAAAUUGAACGAAAGUAUUAACAUCUCUUAAAGUUGUGAAAAAGAAAUCAGAACCAUGAAGGACCAUUUGUACGCACUCGGAGUGACCUGCAUCCAACUUAUCCAAUAUUGGUGCUCAGAUUAUGCUCCAUUCUUAGAGCAAGUAAACAAUUUCUACAAUCCAAACAAUGUACUGGAUAUAUUGUUCCCAGUUGUAUCAUUUGUGGACUCUGUAUUUGCUUCACAACUCUUACUUGUCACAUCAUUCGGUGGCUGGCUAAAUUGCAUAUUGAAAUGGUGGUUCCUAGAAGACCGACCAUACUGGUGGGUCCAAGAAACAAACUACUAUAUAGGAUCUGAAAGACCUAAGUUGUUACAAACAUCUCAAACAUGUGAAACGGGGCCAGGAAAUCCUUCUGGGCAUACAGCUACUGCAGCUUCCGUUCUAGUUCUUGCUAUUAUGUGGAUUUCUCACAUUUUUAAUGAUCGCAAAUGGAAGACAUCUCUUUGGAAGUAUGCCGUAUACCCACUGUUUGGAAGUUUACUGAUUAGUGUGAUGUUGGCAAGGAUGUAUAUAGGGACACACUUUCCACACCAGUGUAUUGUAGGAGGGAUGAUUGGUGCGUUCCUGGCUCCAGCACUAUGCAUCUACAUAUCAGAUCCUUACAUAUGGCAGUAUGGUUCCUAUUUGAAAUAUUCACCCAAACAAUCGAUUAAAUUUCACAUGACAUGCGCAGUGACAGCGAUUGCGUUGUGUCUCGUUACAUAUCACACGUUGUUAUUGAGUGGAAUUGAUCCGGAUUAUACUGUCAGAUUGGCGUUCCGUUGGUGCGAUAACCCUGAUGACAUUCAUGUAUCAACAACUCCAAUGUUCGCAAUGGUCCAAUGCACGGGGGCAAUGCUCGGAUGGGCUAUGUUUGUUACUCCAGCCGUUGCAAGAUUCCGCCACGACACAUACAAGAGAUCUUUCAUAGUUUCAGCCGUUUCCACUAUACUCAUAACAUACGGAUUGCACUGCGCAGAGGCCUCUAUACCCGAUGACAACAUUACGACAUUCUAUUCACUGAAUUUCAUUAUUAACAUCAUAAAACCUCUUCUCUAUCUGAGAGUGUUGCCAGAGUUGUCGAUGUUGCCGUUCAAGGACAAACCUCAACAUUUUAUUAAUUAAAAAUGUCGAGGUAUUUGCGCGAUGUUUAAUAUCAAAUUUAUACCAAAAAUAUCUUGAAUUUAUGGCUCAUUUCUAAUAGUAUAAAAAAAUAGAAUAAGUUGAUGUUGAAAAAUUAUCACUGGCAACAAAAAAAAAAACGGGGUUGUGGUACUGCAUUUAACUGUGUGUAUUUGUCUAAGCACAAACAUGCUGAUUUAACCAGUAGUUGUGUGUGUAUUGAAAUAAAGAUUACCUUAAUUGUACUUUAUUUAAAAUAGCACUUUUAAAUAAAGUACUUUUCGUCUCUUUCUCUCAAAUUGUGAUGAAACGAAACAGUUGAGUACUUUUUUAAAAAGGGGCAAUUGGGCUAUAAAUAAGGCGGUAAAUCAAUAAGUGUGAUAUUUAAGACAUAAUUGUAAGGUUUUCAAAGUCGGUUAAGCUAUCCUAUUUUAGUUAAAUUUACAGUGUUAUUAAUUUAAAAUUGUUUUGUUAAAACCACUUUGUUUUAAGUGUUUUUUUAAUGUUAUAUUGUUUUUAUGACAAAGUUUAUAUAGCUAAUAUCAGUUAUCAUAAUUUUGAACUAAUGACAAAUUAAUAUCCAACAACAAUCUGUGUGUAGACUUAAUUAUUCAUAG